CAGCGCGGAGGAGACGGCGCGUUUAUCACGGCGCCAUGAACGCCUUCAUGUUCGACUUCCUCUGGCACGGAAAGUUCUGGACUAUUGAUGCUGCAAGGGACGAUGGCAGUCUUGGAAGACUGGUUAAUGAUGACCAUAUUAACCCCAACUGUAAAAUGAAGAGACUCAUCGUGGAGGGAAGGCCACAUUUGUGCCUGUUUGCUUUAAGAGACAUCACACCUGGAGAGGAGAUUACGUAUAAUUAUGGAGAUGGUGAUUGUCCGUGGAGGAGUGAAGUGAUAAAAAGUGGAAUGGAAGCGGACAACAAUCAUCUGGAGUCAGAAGGUGCCUCUGGAGAUGAUCAGCACUGCAUCAAGCCUUCGCAGCACAAAUCUGCUUUUGGCGUCCAGAUGAAAAAAAAUGCCGGCAGUAAUCGUCUGGAGUCAGAGGUUGCCUCUGAAGACGAUCAGCAUCGCACUCAGCAUUCACAGCUUGAGUCUACUUUCUGUAGCGAGAUGACAAAAAAUGGAAUGGAAAAAGACAGUAAUCGUCUGGAGUCAGAGGUUGCAUCUAGAGACGAUCAGCACUGCACUCAGCAUUCACAGCUUGAGUCUACUUUCCUCAACCAGAUGACAAAAAAUGGAAUGGAAAAAGACAGUAAUCGUCUGGAGUCAGAGGUUGCCUCUGGAGACGAUCAGCACUGCACUCAGCAUUCACAGCUUGAGUCUACUUUCCUCAACCAGGUAUGA